UAACAUAAGACGUCUACAGACCAUCGUUCCCGCUAUCCCAAAGCACAUCUCCGACUUUGGAGAUAUCACUUUGUAAAUCUAUUGCUGCACAGUAUCUUGACUGACCACAACAUAAGACCCAUCCCAACGGAAUAUAAGGCUGAUAUCUUCAGGAAUCCAUCAUGAAUGAAAACUGCUUUGCCAUCGAUAUUCUGCUGUUGUGCAUAUCAUGCGGAGCAAGUGCGUUGGCCGCCUACAAGCCCUCACCGUCCUCAACGUUGCCAGUCACUAAUUUUACCAAUAUUGGCUCAGACCUCAAUUAUCGGGUUGAGACUGCGAGCCUGCCGAAAACCAGACGGAAGCGUUUCAUCUCCCAAAACGACAUGCUUGCAAUUCUCGAUUACCAUAAUAAAGUUAGAGGGAAGGUUUUCCCUCCGGCGUCGAACAUGGAGUAUAUGGUCUGGGAUGAAAGCCUGGCCAAAACCGCGGAGGACUGGGCUGCUACUUGUUUGUGGGAACACGGACCCCGGAGUCUACUCCGAUUUCUGGGUCAGAACCUCUCCGUCCGGACGGGUCGGUACAGAUCCAUCCUUCAGCUAGUGAAGCCUUGGUAUGAUGAGGUGAAAGACUACUCUUUUCCCUACCCGCGCGACUGCAACCCUCGCUGCCCUCUCAAGUGCUAUGGACCCAUGUGCACACACUAUACACAGAUGGUGUGGGCCACAUCAAACAAAGUAGGCUGUGCUAUCCAUACCUGCCACAACAUGAACGUGUGGGGGUCGGUGUGGAAGAGGGCAACAUACCUUGUGUGCAACUAUUCUCCAAAAGGGAACUGGAUCGGGGAGGCCCCUUACAAAGUGGGCGUGCCGUGCUCCAUGUGUCCUCCCAGCUACGGAGGCUCGUGCAGCAACAACAUGUGUUUUCCUGCUGUGAACUCCAACUAUCUGCACUGGUUUAAAUAA